CAGACGGGGCGGGACUGAUAGGACAUUGCUAAGCGACAAGGAUGCGCGCCGGGUGUGUCCGGUGAAGAGCCGGAGCAGGCAGAAGCGUGAGGCAGUUGUGGGAUGGACCGCAGCCUUCCAGUUUUCUCCAUCCAAGACAGUUCCUUUGGAGAUGCUCCCUUGGGUCAAAGUCACUCCUUGCCAUCCCAAAGCCACACUUGGUGCCCGAAGACACUGAGCCCAUCCAGAUCCCAGAGAUCCAAGCUCCCACAAGUUCCCAAGGCUCAAGCCACAGGUCUCAACUCCCCUGAGCUGCUUGAGGAGUCCUGGUCAUCCAGUUCAGGGGCCCUUUCCCCACCCAGUACUACUGAGGUGCAGAUGGGGGCCUCCUCACCACUCACCCUGGUUAGCAGUGGGGACUCUGUGGUGGCCAAGUAUAUAAACAGGUUCCGCCAGGCUCAACCUACAAGCCGAGAGGAUCGUCAACCUGCAGGACCAACCCCAGCUGACUUUUGGUGGCUGCGGCCUGAUUCUACAGACCCCAGCGGUCAACUUGCAGCAGGAGCCAACAAACCAGAAGGAAGACCCAGUACAACAGUCCCAACGCCUGUCAAGGUGGCCCCUCUUCAGGAAAUAAAGCAGAGCCUCCACACAUGGAACUCCUCCCUCCUGGACCUGGAGACUCUGAGCCUACAAAGCAGAGCUGGCAGGCUGCUCAAACGCAGCAAGGCCUCCAUCUCCUCCUCCUCCACCCUCAGCCCCAGUGAUGCCAGUAGCUCCUCAUUCCCCAUCAACUCUGAUGGCCUCUCUCCCUUCUCCACAACCUUCACCUCUGACUCCAGCAAAGACCCUGGCCCCAGGGCACCUGAAAACCCAACAGAGCCACCUGCCCAGGCCCCGACCCCUGCUCCAGCCCCGGCCUCCCGGGCACCACUCCGGCCAGAGGAUGACAUUCUGUACCAGUGGCGGCAGCGGCGGAAGCUUGAACAGGCUCAAAGAGGAGAGGGUGAUGGACCCUGGGUGCCAUCCCGAACCUCUGCCCUCACCACUCAGACCUUCCCUGCCACUGCAGAGACCUUUGGUUCCCUGGGGACCCGGCCUAACUGCACCCCACUGUGGAGCAGAAUGUCCCAUCCUGGUUCCCUGGAACCUUUCUAUGUGGAGAGGCCUCCUGUUCCCCCAGGGUCCUCUCCACCCAUUUUCUGGGCCCCCAGCCCCCAUGGGUUCUUCUGGGCCCCACAGUCCAGCCUUUGGGGUCCCUGGGUAUCUCCUGGGGCUGUUCUUCCCACACAAGCAGCUCCCACCCCAGCUCCCCCAGCUCCCCCAGCUCCCACCCCAGCACCACCAGCCUCCACCCAAGUUCCCUUAGCCUCCACCCUGGCUCCUCUGGCCUCUACUGCAGCACCCCCAGCUUCUACCCAGGCUCCCUUGGCCUCCACCCCGGCACUCCCUCCUGUUCUUCAGGGCCCUUCCAUCCCUGAGCCAGACAGCUCUGCUCAGCCUGAGAGGGUGGGUCAUAAGCCUCGGAGGGGCAGGGCCCCACGCAGGGAGGCUGCCAGGCAAGUCACAGCAGCUAGCGAGGAGCCUGACUCCCAGCUCAGGGGUGCUCUAGGCCAGGUAGUGACAGCCCGGCUGUUCCCUGACAGCCUGGAGGACACACCCCCUCACCUUGAAAGCCUUUCUCCACCCAUGGCUGAAUUUCCAAAAGUCAAGGCCAAGCACCCCCAAACCAAGGUUAAGUCCCCUCAUACAGAGGUCACGGCCCCUCUAUCUGAAUCACAGUGUCUGUCUAAGGCAGAGGCUCGGAAAGCCAAGGCUACACCCCGCCAGAGACCCCAAACAGGAUCAGUGCCUGGGAAGGGCAAAACUCCCUCUUCUGAAGCUGGGUAUCCACAGCCCAAGGGCUCACCCCCUGUUGCUGAGGAGCUGUCCACUCUAGUCAAGGCCCCACCACCUACGUUAGAGGUGGGGUCGCUGCAGGCUGUGGCCACGCCCUCCCCCACUGCUCACCACACCCCCUCGGAGGACUUACUCUCUCAGGCCGCCCGACUUCUGGAGGCUGCUGAAGACUCUGAUGGCAGCGAGUUCCAGGACGACCCUGUGCUGCAGGUGCUAAGAGCCCAGAGAGCAGAGCUGCGUCAGCAAAAGAGGAACGUGGAUGCACGAUUAUCCCUUCUGUUGGACCAUGUGGAAGACCCAGGACCUUGGUUCCCUUCAGCCAGGUCACCCUCCAGGUCCCCAAGGAGGAGGCUGCGGAGGGAAGGAGGCUCUCUUGAAGCCAGGAGACUUUGAAUUGUGUAAAUUCUAUUUUUUCUAUUUUUCAGUUUACUAGUUAUCUCUGAGAAAGAUUCUGGAAAAGCCAAGGGUUAUAUAUUUAAGGAAAUGUGCCCACCUCACCAUGUGACUCUGCCACACACCCCUGAAGCAAAAUCUGUUCAAGGGGCCAGCAGGUGGUGUGGUUAAGAGCUCUGAACUCCCACAUGGAUGACCAUGGUUUAAAGUGCGGGACCUGGUGA